GGAGGAGGAGGAGUAACAAUUACUUAAAAUGCGGUCCUCAAAAUUCAUUUAAAAAUUUUCAAACUCGACCAAUCCCCGCUCUAGAAUGUUGGGUCAAGCUCAGCAGCAAACUGUAGAGCAAAACGAUGACGUACCAGAGCUGGAAGAAGCAGGAAUACUGGAGGAAGAAGCAGGAAUACUGGAGGAAGAAGUAGGAUUACUGGAGGAAGAAGUUAAGCAAAAGGCUGAGAGAAUAGCGGAGUACAGGGGCAUAAUUCUUGGUCAGCUUAAAACUGAUAUCUCUUCCAUUUUUGCUGCUCAAAGACCCGUUUUGGGGACCCGUUUUGGCGAUGGAUCCGAAUCUCAAUCCGGUGAUCCAUGCAGCUCCGAUGUUGGAGGACCAACUGAAUCUGGUAAUAUUGCCAUGUUAGCUGGAGAGGAGCAGAAAGAAGCUGAGAAAGUACAGCUCCUUAAAAAGAAGAAUUUGGAGAGUGCUUCUGCUAUACCUGUUGUAUUGAAUAGGAUGAAGGAAUGUAUGGCAAGGAUUGAUAAACUACAAUCAUGCAACGGAGUCAUACAUCCUGCCUUUAAAAGGAAAAGGACUAGCUUACAAGCCCCUGCUAAAUCUGCUUGGUAUGGUAUUGACUAUUUCGCUUAGACUAUCCUAAACAGCACAGGACGCUGCAAAAUUCAUGGAGAAUUAUUCUAAAGAAAUGGAGUUCUAACCAAGAGCGACCACAGUUAAGGAACACAUUCUAUUGUAAGGGUGCGUUUAGCUAAUGGAAGUCCUUUUUCCGUGUGUGGUAUAUACAGUGGAAGUCAAUUUCCAAGGGAAACAUUUUCCAUCAGAAUGGGAAAAAUGACUUCCCUAAUCUGACAGCCAGAGUUUAUUAAAUAUUUGACGGAUAAAAAGUGCUCAACUUUGGCAAACUUAAAGGACCGAAAUUACUUUUCUCUAAGCUGUUUUAUUAAGGUUAUGAUUUUUGCUAUGCUAUCUGCCAAAAUCUUUUCUACCUCUUGACAUUGUUGUACAUAGGCCGUGUUUGGUUGUCGUCAGGCAUGUGGUUGGCUGAUCACUAAUUCACUAUACUCCUUGUUUGCAAAUGGUCCAAUAUUGAUGCCAAUGAUUGUAAUUAACAAGGUUACAAGGACAACUGAAUUUCAAGGGUUCUGUUAUUCAUGAAGGUAAAUCUGCCCGUGUGAGUUUCCUGAAGCAAAGUCGUAAUAAAAGAUUGCAGUGGGCUGAUGGUCAGCAUAUAAAAAGAUCAAAACCUGGAAUACCUACAGGUAUGAUUAGCAUGGAAUGGUUACAAUGGAUUUUUGCUGUCAGCUUUAAUUAGUUUGAGAUUAAGGCAUAGUUGAUUGAUUGAUAUGAUUUUAGCUCACAAUCUGGAAGAUUUUCAAGAUCUGCAUUCGGCGUAACAGUAUAAAACUGUGAAGCUGACAUGAGCAUAAACUGACUGUGUAAUUCUUGAAAAGGAUGAAGUGUUUGGUUUGUUUUUGGCUAUCCGAGUCGUACACUUAUUUUA